AUGGGACUCAGUCUGAAGAACUUGCUCUCUGGAGCUCCAACACCCACCAGCCCAAAGACUCUAGGCUAUCGAUAUGACUGCUCGAAGCCAUCGAGCCCACCGAUCAAAGGAUCAUAUCCUCUCGUCACCAAAAAAUCGGGAAAUUUUCAUGGUGCAGUGGUGCGGCCAUCAACUUCAUCCUUCGCGACGAGACGCUCCUCUACCGCAAUAAAUCCAAAAACAACAUUAGGACAAACAAGUGAUGAAUUCAGCAUCUUUCACUCUCAGACUCUAGACUAUAGAUGCGCCUCUAGUUAUAUGGAUACUGAGAACUUCAAAAUUGUAGUGCCUCAAAGAACACAGGUGAUUUGUGACAAACAAAACUCACCCGCAGUAGCAUCAAACAGAGACUACCACAGACCUCGGAAUAACGAUACCACAGCUCGCUCAAUCUUCCAAUUUCCAUCAAACCUUUCUUUUUCUCGCCAUUCUCAAACUUCGCGAGGCCUUAUCUCUCGACAACGUAGACCUUAUAUUGAUUUACUUGAAGCGCAUUCCACAAUUAAAUCCUCAAAUGAUGUUUUCCAGAACCGUCUGAAAGCAACCGGUGUUAGGAACUACGGAGAAGAUGUUGCCAAUCGAAAUAUGGGCCAUGGUAGAGGCCUUAGUACUGAAGUACGACCGAAGACAAGCCCUUCUUCAAGUGCCACUUCACAUAAGAAGCCUACCCGGAAAUUUGGGCUGGGUGAUCAAGGAGGAUCUGAUAGUCGACCAAAGACAAGUUUUUCCACAAAUGAUACUCCAUGUAGAUUCCAUCAUAACUUUAGCCUUGGAAGAUCUAUCGACGCUCGCAAGGACCUAGAGCUUCCUGGUAAUGACGCGGCACAUGAUGCAACCCUUCCUGAGAUAGAUUGUGGUCAUGAUAGUACCAUUGGUCCAUGUUCACCUAACCCCAUAAUUCCUAGAUAUGGUCAAGACCGCCCACAUACAGCAGCUGCUAGUUCUGGUAUAAAUCAGCCAAAUCUCAGAGACCAUAAAGAUUCAGUUUCGUUAUCGGGCUCUAUACCUGCCGAGUCACCGCACAUACCAAAAUCUCACCUUGCGACCCUUAAUGCAAGAUGCGUAGAUUUAUCAUCUGCCCAUAGGAAUAAAAGACCUAAACGCCGUAUUCAUUCAGAAACUGAUUUACAUCGCAUUCAUGUAGCAUCCAAUCAAAUAGACUUACAUAAUGGCCCCAGGUCUGCUACUAGCUUACCUAGAUUUCCCAGAGAUAAUCACCUAAUAUCUAACUUGAACACUGACAAUUUCACGCAACUUUUGUCGAUUGACGAACCCAAUGACUUGCCGAAGCACAAGUAUUCUAAACAUUCAGAAAUUUUUGAUAAUUAUGUAAUUCCAAAGUUUAAAAACCACGGGUCACGCUAUUUCGUAAACGAUCAAAGUUGCCUGGAUUCUAAAUUACCUUCCCACAACCGUCAAGACCGGAUUUUAUCCAUCCACAAGGUUCAACCAGUAUCGGCGAAAAACUUUACACCACGAUCAGCAGAUAAAAAUAUACAAGAAGUUGAUAUAGGAUAUUCGCCAAAAAUUCGUUUAAGUGGCCAAGAAAUAGAGUUGGCUUCAUCCAUCAAUUCUCCUUGGGCAGACAAAUCUGCAUCAGGCUCUUUGUCCGAUAGGACUGUUGACUACUCGACGAGUUCGUCUUAUUCUUGUCACGAAUUUACUCCCAUAGCCUCACAUUCUAUCGCCUCUAAUCUUAAUGAAAAUCAUUUGCCCAAUGAAUUAGACACCUCUGCUCCUACAUCCGGUUCUGAUUGUUCGUGGCCACGAAGAUAUGAUCGAACAAAACAUGACAUCAUGGAAAUUGUUAGCGGAAAUGAGGGCAGAAGUGAAGAAACCACGGUUGGAAAAAGUUUGUCAUGUGCGUUCCCUCAGCUGGCCACAGGACUACAAUUCCCAACCAUUUCCAACGAAAAAUAUGAUUUAGAAGCUGCCUCAUCCAAAAACUCUCUCACACGUCAAUCUAGUAUUCUUUCUUCCCUACUUGAAUUUAAAGAAGUUGAUGACGACUCGAUGGGGUCUAAUCGACCACGUCUGAGGCCGGACGGAGAGGAACUCCUUUUUCGUGAUGAUGGCUAUGGUCCUGGCUUAGGUGGAAUGCUACCUGGUCUCUGCAUCGUGAGUCCUAACUUGAUGCACCAAGUUUCGAUAUGCCGAGAAGCGACGACAUCAGGUGUUGUCGUAUAG